AUGAAGAGAACCACACUUUUAGAUUCUUUUUAUUCCUUUACUUUCUUUUGUUUUUCUAUUAUAUAUCUUCCUAUCCACUUCCGUAUUUUUCUCUUUCUUUUUUUCUUUCUUUCUUUCUUUCUUUCUUUCUUUCUUUCUCUUUCUAUUACUUUUGAAAUUCUUCUUCACUCCUUCUCUUUUUAUUUUUCCAUUAUUUAUCUUCCUAUCCACUUCAAUAUUCUUUCUUUCUUUCUUUCUUUCUUUCUCUCUUUCUUACCCCUCUUUCUAUUACCUUUGAAAUUCUUCUUCAUUCCUUCUCUUUUUGCUUUUCAAUUAUUUUUCUUUCCUUCUCUUUCUAUCCCCUUUUGCUUCCUUUUCUCUUAUUGUUUUUCUCCAUUUAUUUUCCUUCAUUUUAUUAUUCUUCAUUUCACUGAUGUUCUUUCUAUUGCCAUCAUUCUUCUUUUCUUUCUUUUUAAUUUAUUCUUUCAUUUUCUUUUUCCCACAUUUCUUUUUAUAUUUCACAACAUUCUUGUCUUCCCAGAAGUAUUUUCUUCAUCUCAGUUUCAGUCGUUCAUCCUCCAUUGA